CAAGGAUGGGUUUGAAGGAGAAGAACGCUGAGUUACGUUGGAGUCCUGAGUGCAGGAUCUUCUAAGCAUGUAGAUGGUGAGGGACAGGGACCAGUGAGGGCACAGGCUGCAGGAAGUAGUGAUGGGGCUUUACAAAGGGCCGCGGCUGUUGGACUUUGCAAAGACUCCCGCACACCUUCAGUUCAACAGAUAUGUCCUGACUGGUUACAGGCCAGUGUCCACAGCUCAGGAGUGUCUCAGGAGCCUCUUCUACAUCCACAAUGAGCUGGGCAACAUUUACACCCAUGGGAUCCCUUUCUUCCUUUUCUUGGUGCUGCUUCCUUUCAGCAUUCCCUGGAUGGAGGUGGACAGCAUGUGGAUCUGUGUGGUCCACUACCUGGCCUGCCUCUGCCCCACCAUGGGCUCAGUGGUCUACCAUGUGUUCAUGAACCAUGUGGGUGGAGAACAUGUGUACGACACCCUGCUCUCCCUGGACAUGUUAGGGGUGUGUCUGGUGAACACACUGGGAGCUCUUCCCGUCAUUUACGUCACCCUUCUCUGCUACCCGGCCCUGCAGCAGACGGCCUUGCUGGCCUACGUCCUCCUGUCAGCCUAUGGAAUCUACUGCGCUACUACAGCGCGCACCAACAUCCUGCGGCUGCGAGCGUUCGUCUGGCAGGCUCUGUUCCGCUUCAGCCUCUUCCUUUUCCGCGUGUACGGCAGCGGCAUGGGCAGCCCGAAAUCCACGCGUCUUUUUGUCAUCAUGGACUCUCUGGCUGUGCUGGGCGGGCUGGUGAACAUCAUCCAGAUCCCGGAGCGCUUCAGCCCGGGCCUCUUUGACAACUGGGGCAACAGCCACCAGAUAAUGCACGUCAUGGUGAUUUGCUCCAUUAUCUACCUGCACUGGGGCACAGUGGAGGAUUUAGUCUGGAUUAAGACGUUCCAGUGCCCAACAUAGCGACACCAAGAGUGUCACAGCACAUAAACGCGCGCUCAAAGCUAGAAUUAGAAAGGAGUUGUAGGAAUCAGCCAACACAGAUGAUGAUGAAAGGACAGUUGUUUCAAAAUGCUGCUGAAAUUUACAAUUUGAUAUUUUGACAGAGAAGAGUAACAUCUUAACAUCAGUCAAAUAUCAGCAGAUUGGAUUAAAGCAGACUUUUAACCUAAUUUAACAGCUUGUGAUGGUUAAAUGUCUGGUUGUGGGGAGACAGGGGGCUUAGUGGAAAACCAGCCUUGCAAAGAUCAGGGACGCGACCCGGAGUCCUCAGAAUCAGGGGGUCUCGCCAGAGACUACAAACACCCACUAGCCAGGUACUGCCGAUAAUGUCAAGGCAGCGAUAGCGUUAUUUUAGACGUUUGUUGUCGAAGGAAGCGGCCGUGGGACUGAGCGAGGGGCGACACGCGAGGAAACGUCGGAUGUUUUUCUGAAUGACGAGAAGUGUAAAACACAGAACCAUGUGACACUGAUGCUGACCGGCAUGGACACAGCUCAACGGUUUGUGUUCACAAGUCCCAGCAGAGGGAGGAGGAAGCCGCUACAACAACAGUGAGGAUAAAGUGGUAGACACAAGGGGGCGCUCUGUAGAGACAAA